AUGCUCCAGGGGAACUGCACGGCAGUGCUGGACUUCAUCUUGCUGGCUUUCCCUAUCCACCCAGAGCAUCAGGUCCUCCUUUUCCUGGGCAUCAGCAUAGUCUAUGCAACCAUCAUCACAGGUAACUUGCUCAUUGUGGUAGCCGUCUGGGGGGACUCCCACCUGCACACCCCCAUGUACCUCUUCCUGGUGACUCUCUCUGUGGUUGAGCUCUGCUACACAGCAGUUGUAGUCCCACAGAUCCUGGUGACCAGCUUGCAGGAGAGAAAAACCAUCACUUUUAGGAGCUGCUGCACGCAGAUGUUUCUUUUUAUCGGACUGGGUAGUGCCGACUGCUUCUUGCUGGCUGUCAUGGCCUAUGACCGCUACGUAGCAGUCUGCAGACCUUUGCACUAUUCCCUCAUCAUGACACAGUGGCUGUGCAUUCAGCUGGUGGCUGGCUCAGUGCUGAGUGGUUUUCUGGUUUCCUCAAUGCUGGUGGGACUGAUCUUCCACCGCCCCUUCUGUGGUGGGCAUGGAGUUGAACACUUCUUCUGUGAUGUGCCACCCCUAUCGCAGCUCGCCAGCAACAAGACCAAGCUCGACGAGGUCGGGAUAUUCCUUUCAGGGAUAAUGGCCAUUGCUGUGCCCUUCAUGUUGAUCUGCACCUCCUACGUUUCCAUCGCUGCGGCGGUGCUGCAGAGCCGUUCAGCUGACAGUCGCCGAAGGACCAUUUCCGCUUGCUCCUCUCACUUAGCUGUGGUGGCCCUGCAGUAUGGCUGCUGCUGCUUCAUGUACUUGCGCCCAAGUGCCAGCUUUUCUCCAAAGCAAGACCAGAUGCUAUCAAUGGUGUACACGCUUGGUACGCCACUGCUCAACCCCAUCAUCUAUAGUCUGAGGAACAGAGAGGUGAAAGCAGCCCUAGGGAAAGUCAUCAGCCAGCAGAUCUGCUAG